AUGUGCUCACGAAUAAGGCAUUCUAAAGCAUUGGGACCUGUAACAAAGGAAACCCACUUCGAAAACGAUACAGUUUGGCGUAAUGGCGAUAGAGAUUAUGCUCGAUCUUUAACACUUUGUCGUGGUUUGACGUUGGAUGAUAUUUUGAACACGUUGGAUGAGGAUGAUGAUGUUCUACUGCCUAAGAACCAACAAAUAGGCAUUAUUUUACAGCCCCCUAUAAAUGCGUGUCAGGAUUUGACAGAUGAAGAUUCGGGCGACGAGGAUUUGAUGACGAUUGGUAACCUGCCAGGCACACAACUCAUGGCAGAAGCUGAAUUAUUCGACACUACUCAAGAAGACAAGGAGGAAGAAAUACGAGAUAAAAUUGAUGAGGAUGAUUUACCGCUACGUAGCUUUAGAUUAGAUUAG